GGAGCGUGCUGAGAAGGGACAGCAGAGAGGGGGAAGCUGAAGGGGUAACGGGAAGUGGUCAUCAUCACAGUCACCGGCAUCCUCCCUGCCCCCAGCCAGCACCGCAGUAAAGGCCGCUCGGCCCGGGGCUGCUGCGGAGACCUUUCUCUCUCACGCGGAGCCACCGUCGAGCCCCUGCGAGCUCACGUUCGCUGAGCCCGCGCCGUGUCCGCCCCUCUACCGCAGACGCCCCGCAGCGCUGAGAGUCUCCCCGCUGCUCCGCGCCGACGUCCCGGUCCCUCCGGCCAGUGCCCCCACCGUGCGGUCCAGACCCUUUCACGCGUCCGCCGCACCCUGCCGGCCUCCGCUUGUUUAUCAAGACCCUCUCCAAAGCCGUGCGCACAGCCAGAUGCGGCGGCGCACACCUGCAAUCCUAGCACGCUGGGAGGGCCGGGGCAGGAGCGUCACAAGUUCAGACCCAGCCCUGGGCGGCUGGGUGACUUAGAAUGACCUUGUCUCAAAGUAAAACAGUUCAAAAGGACUAGGGAGGUAGCCUAAUGUGAAGGCCUUCGGUUCAAUCCCCAGUACCCGCCAAAAGAACAAAACGGGCAGCCUGGACACGCUUGCUUUGCUUGUGGAAGCACAAAGUGGUUCAACCUUCUGUGGUUUGUGGCGAUACAAAAUGUGCACGCCCCUCCCCCCACGCGCAUCCUCACUCGUGCGGGCCUCAGCACGAGGCCAGGGUGGGCAGCCGGCUCGGCGCGGUGCUCAGGGCCAGGCUGGGUUAAGCAGAGGCACAGGCAGCUGUGUUCAGGGCCCCUCCUUCUGCUCUAGAGGCACCUUUGCUGAAGGGGCCCAGGUGCUAUAACGCCUAGGCAGACCUAGGACCGGCACUUCCUCCUGAGGAGCGCCAGGCACCGCGCAUCAUGCAGACCCUCCUCUGCAGGUAUACUACUCCCAGGGUCCUUCAUAUUCACAGCACGAGCAUUGGGACUGUGAGGUCCGUCUUCCUGGCGGCCAUCUGCAUCUACAUCGGCUUCGCGCUGGUGAGCGACAAGAUGUACCAGCGCAAAGAGCCGGUCAUCAGCUCCGUGCACGCCAAGGUGAAGGGCGUGGCGGAGGUGACCGAGGAGGUGGUGGGCGGAGAGAAGAGGCCGGCUCAGAGGGUCUUUGACACGGCAGACUACACCUUCUCCUUGCAGGGAAACUCCUUCUUCAUGAUGACAAACUACCUCAUAACGGAAGGCCAAGAGCAGGGCCGGUGCCCGCAGUUCCCCACACGCAGGACGCUCUGCCUCUCCGACCAGGACUGUAAGAAGGGCUGGCUGAACCCUCAAAACCAAGGAAUCCAGACCGGCAAGUGUGUUGAAUACAACACGACCGCGAAGACCUGCGAAGUCUCCGCCUGGUGUCCCACCGAGGUGGUGGAGGAGGCUCCCAGGCCUGCGCUCCUGGGCAGUGCUGAAAAUUUCACAGUGCUCAUCAAGAAUAACGUUGACUUCCCUGGCCACAACUACACCACGAGAAACAUCCUGCCGGGCCUGAACGCCUCUUGCAUCUUCCACAAGACGCAGGACCCCCAGUGUCCCAUUUUCCGACUAGGAGACAUCUUCCGGGACGCGGGAGACAACUUCUCCGAGGUGGCCGUCAAGGGAGGAAUCAUGGGCAUCGAGAUCAACUGGGACUGCAACCUGGACAGGUGGUUCCACCGCUGCCGCCCCAAGUACAGCUUCCGGCGCCUCGACGACAAGACCGCCAGGGAGUCCUUGUAUCCCGGCUACAACUUCAGGUACGCCAAGUACUACCGGGAAAAUAAUGUGGAGAAACGAACUCUGAUGAAAGUCUUCGGGAUCCGUUUUGACAUCCUGGUUUUUGGCACGGGAGGAAAAUUCAACAUUAUCAGUCUGAUUGUAUACAUGGGAUCUACCCUGUCCUACUUCGGUCUGGCCACUGUGUUCAUCGACCUUCUCAUCAACACCUACUCGAGCGCCAUCUGUCGGUCGCACGUCUAUCCCUGGUGCCCGUGCUGCAAACCCUGCGCAGCCAACGAGUACUACUACCACAAGAAGUGCGAGGUGGUGGUGGAGCCCAAGCGGACAUUAAAGUACGUGUCCUUUGUGGACGAGCCUCACAUUCGGAUGGUGGACCAGCAGCUCCUCGGGAAAAGCCUGCAGGAUGCCAAGGGCCAAAAAGUCCCAAGAGCCCCGAUGGACUUCACACGCCUGUCCAAGCUGCCCCUGUCUCUCCCCGAUGCAACCCCAGCCCCAGCCCCUGGACAACCACAGGAGAUGCAGCCACUUCGCGGGAUGGGGACCCCCAAGGCUGGGGACAGCCCGGACUGGUGCCAGUGUGGACGCUGCCUCCCGUCGCAGCUCCCCGAGGACAGCAAGUGCCUGGAGGAGCUGUGCUGCCGGCGGACGCCGGGGCCCUGCAUCACCACCUCCGAGCUCUUCGGGGACCUGGUGCUGUCCCGAUCCGCCCUGCGGCAGCUGCUGCUCUACCAGGAGCCCCUGCUGGCGCUGGACGAGGAGGCCACCAACAGCCGGCUGCGACGCUGUGCCUACAGGUGCUACGCCGCCUGGCGCUUUGGCCCCCAGGACGUGGCCGACUUCGGCAUCCUGCCCAGCUGCUGCCGCUGGCGGAUCCGGAGGGAGUUCCCCAGGAGCCACGGCCCGUACGGCGGCUUCCGGUGUCCCUACUGAUGGGGGGCUCGCCCGCAGCUCUGCCUGUCGGGGAGCGGGGCCCCGUUACACCCGCGCAAGCCAGCCGCGCGGAGCCUCUGCGGGACCGGAUCAGGAGGCGCG